AUGCAUCGUGAUUCUGGUCCAUUGGAUUGUAAGGUUUAUGUGGGAAAUCUUGGGGACAAAGGUGACAAGAGAGAAUUGGAACGGGCUUUUGGCUAUUAUGGGCCACUCAGAAGUGUGUGGGUUGCUAGAAACCCUCCCUGCUUUGCUUUUGUGCAGUUUGAAGAUCCCCGAGAUGCAGCUGAUGCUGCCCGAGAGCUAGAUGGGAGAUCAGUAUGUGGCUGCCCAGUAAGAGCAGAACUGUCCAAUGGUGAAAAGAGAAGUCGAAAUCGAGGCCCGCCUCCCUCUUGGGAUCGUCGCCCUCGAGAUGAUUAUCAUCCAAGGAGUCCCCCACCUCGCCGCAGAUCUCCAAGACGCAGAAGCUUCUCCCGUAGCCGGAGCAGGUCCCUUUCCAGAGAUAGGAGAAGAGAGAUCACUGUCCCGGGAGAGAAAUCAUAA